UAUAUCAUUUUAUGCACUUUCAAAAGCAGUACUAGUACCACUCUUCAUUUUUCCAUGAUAAAAGCUCAACUAUCAUUAGCAGUUGUUAUCCCCUCAUAGGAAGAAGUCCAAAAUACCUGAGUUUGUGUACCUGAGAGGCUUAAAUGGCUACUACAUUCUUUGCAUGUGACCCUGCAGAAGAUGAUUACAUUGACAUGGAAGUCAACUCAUACACCAACUUCUUCUGCCAUUCUCAAUCUCAUCCACAGCCUAGAGAAUUUGAGUUCCAAAUGUCCUCCAUUGUUCAAGAGAAAGAAACAACAACCUCACCAGCUGAUGAGCUUUUCUACAAAGGAAAGCUCCUCCCUCUUCACCUUCCUCCUCGGUUACAAAUGGUUGAAAAACUCCUUCAAAACUCCCCCACUCCUUUUGACAAGGAAAACGAUAUCUUUGAAGAGUUCUAUAGCACUCCUCUAGCCACUACCUACACAACACCUACUGCAGGCACCCCAUUUGAAUCCUGCAACAUCUCUCCAUCUGAUUCUUGUCAAGUAAGUAGGGAACUAAUCCCUGAAGAGUAUUACAACUUUGACUACCCAACAGAUACAAGUGGAUUUGUUGCUGAAAACCAGAAGAAGUCAUGGACUAAGAAACUGAAGCAGUCUUCACUAGGUUCAAAGUUGAAGGCUUCGAGGGCUUAUCUCAAGUCUUGGUUUGGAAAAUCUGGUUGCUCAUACGAAACCUAUGCAACUUCAACAAAAGUUGCGGAUGAAGGAUCAGUUUCCAAAGCCAGGGAAAAUUUAAACAAGCAUGUGCAAGUGGCAAAGAAAAAUGCAUAUGGCCAAAUUCAUAGGGACAGAUAUCAGCCCUCCAAUUCUGUCAUGAGAAGCUACAAAGAAAAGACAAGUGAGGAUAGAAGUAACCAGCACAGAAGAUCAUUCUCGGUCGGCAUCAAACUGCUUUCGGGGAACAAAUCAUCAUCAACUUCAUCUAUAUCUGGCUCAACUUCAUUUUCAUUUUCAAACAAAUCAUAUGGAUGCCAAGCGCGGCAGCUAUUGAAAAGGUGCAGCAGUGCAAAUUCAGAGAUAGAAAAUUCAAUCCAGGGAGCAAUUGCACACUGCAAGAAGUCUCAGCAAAUGUUCUCUUCAAAGAAGACUGCAAGUGAAGUAGGAAUCUACUCAAUGUUUGCAUCUAGAACCUCAGUUUGCGAGGAUCAUGAAAGAGUAGAGCUUUGAAGGGGCUGAUAAGGAAUUGAAAAGUAGCUUUGCAUUUGUUGUUUUCUUCACACAUUGUCUUUCCAAUUCAAAAGUAACUUUGGGGGAAAAUAGCUUAAUUCAUCAGUACUAAUUUUAGAAACACUCAUGGUUGUCAACUUGUCAUUGAUAUUUAGACCAAAGCAUCAAAAUCUGGUGGAAUUUUGUCCACAGAAGAUAUUAGCUUCUAGUCCUUGACCAAAUUAUGAUGAGUAGAAAAUGACAUUCUUCUGAAAAUAAAAAUCCAACAUUGUACUAUCCACUUUCCAAGCCAAAACCUUUCCUCCAAUAUUUCAAGAAUCAAUUGGUGAUUAACCAAAAUACUGAAAAUUUAUUUAUUUAUUUUUAAAUUUUCAACUCUUUCAACUUAA